AUGCAACAAAUCAUUCUCUCUCUCUUCCUCCCUACCCCCUCUCUCGCUAGCUCCGAUCACCGACCCCCGUCGUCGUCGUCGUCGCCGACCGUCGGCGCCAACCCGACCCAACCUCCGGCUCCGGAGCCGACCCUCUCUCCCUCUUUCCCGCACCGGUUCCCAAUCCCCGGCGCCGCCGCUAUCCUUCGGCGCCGACCCGACUUCACCGUCGGCACCGACCUCCGAUCCGCGGCGCCGACCCCGUCGCCGCUCCCCGCCACUCUCCGGCGCCGCCCGCCGGGCCCAAGCCGGCCCCCCCCCCCCCCCCCCCUCCCCCGAUUGUGCAGACCCCCACCCCAGCCGCUACCCGAUUCCCAGCCAGCCGCUGCCCGGUCCCCAGCCGCCACCCGCCGCUCC